UGGGCUAUCGUAUCCUGCUCACCCCUAAUUUGUUUUGCAUUUUCCGGUGAAAUUGUUGAAAAAUUAUAUUUUCGACAUGCGUUCACGCAGCAGGAGUCGCAGCAGACAAAGGGAACGCCGCAGAUCCGAUUCCAGAGAUCGUUCCCGCUCGGAAAGAAGGCCAAACCACAAAUCGCAGCAACGGCGAUCGGUUUCGCGGGAGAGGGAACGAGACAGGGAGUGGGAGCUACGUAGGGAAAGGACCUCAAAUCGCAGCUCGCGUCGCUCCAGGGAAAAGGACGCAGUGCCUCGUCGACGUAGAAGCCGCUCCUCCUCCCCCAGCAGCUCCAGCACCAGCAGUGGCAGUUCCAGUUCAUCUAGAAGCCCCUCCAGAAACCGCAAAUCCCGGCCAAAAUCCGUGGAACGCUGGCCCAACGAUCGUUUCCACGAAAACAACGAUAGGCGGCAGAAUCCCUUUCGGGGAAGGGCUCCCGAAGGCAGUUUCAUUAAUGACCCAGCAGAACCAUCAACAAGAUCGCAGCACCGUGGUCGUGGAGCCCCUAACCACCAGUCCAAAGGCGACUCAAAGGCGGUAAACGCCCGCAGGAACCAGAGGGUACGCAUCGGCGAAGAGGGUGUGCCAGAUGUCUGGGGCAAGAGCCCAUCCCGGCCAGAAAGCGACGACGUGGAGCUGGUCAAGGGCUCCUACGUAGGACCCAAGAAGAAAAAGAAAAAAGGCAAGAAGAAACACAAAAAGUCUGAUAAGAAAUUCAAGAAAAAAUCUAAGAAAACCAAGAAGAAAAAGAGCAAGAAGGAGUCCAGCUCUUCGGAGGACUCCUCCUCCAGUUCAUCCAGCAGCGAGGAUAGCAGUAAUGACUCCAGCAGCUCAAGCUCCAGCUCCGAAAGCGAAAAUGAGUCCGAGGUGGAAGAUGUUUGGCUGGAAAAGACCGCCGAGGGCAUCAAGAAACCCAAGAAGAAAAAGUCUUCGGCAAGCAAAAAGGAUAAAAAGUCAAAAAAGAAGAAAAAGAAGAGAAAAUCGGAGGCGGAUAAGUCCAAGAAGAGCUCAUCAUCUAGUGGUAGCAGGUCGAAGACCAGGGACAGUGCGUCCCACAACGACGAAGAUGUUGGUCCAUCGCUGCGAACCGGCGGUAGCCUGAAUCAAAAGGAUUUCGGUAAGGCUUUGCUGCCCGGAGAAGGUGCCGCCAUGGCUGCCUAUAUAGCAGAGGGCAAGAGGAUUCCCCGCCGUGGUGAGAUCGGCCUGACCUCCGAUGAGAUCGCCAACUUUGAGUCCGUGGGCUAUGUGAUGAGCGGCAGCAGGCAUCGCCGCAUGGAAGCGGUGCGUAUCCGCAAAGAGAACCAGUUGUACUCCGCCGACGAGAAGCGGGCUCUGGCUAUGUUCAGCAAGGAGGAGCGACAGAAGCGCGAGAACAAGAUCCUCUCGCAGUUCAAGGACAUGAUCCACUCCAAGCUGCAGGCCAAAGACAAGAAGUAGGCGAACCAUUUUUCGCAUUUGUGGAUACGAGUUUAAGACUUUGAUUGAACAUAAAUCAAACGCACAUUUAGACGGACAAACUUGCACCUCCGAAUGAUCAACAUUUCAUGAAAUUGUGAACAUAAUUUAUGUAAAAAAAUAAAUGGCAUAAUUAAGAAAUUGUGAACAGCA